AUGGAAGGAAUUAGGGAGUAUUUAAUGGGUAGAAUAGGAGAUAGGGCGGUUUGGAUGAAAAAAUGCCCUGGUGCUGUUGGUCCAACUAUUAAGGAGUUGAUUGAAGAGAGGGCAAAACAGUCUAGGAAAUGGAAAACUGUGGCAAAUGGUGAUGGGGGUUAUCAAGUCAAAGGGCCUAAAGGGGAACAAUAUGCUGUAUAUGUACAAGAAAGAACAUGUACUUGUAAUUUAUGGCAAGUUAGUGGCCUGCCAUGCUGCCAUUCCAUUGCAGCACUUCAUAGAAUGAAUGAGGACCCGUGCAUGUAUACUGAUGGGUGUUACUCCAGGGAACUAUUUUUAAAAAUUUAUGAGAAUGUCCUCUACCCUAUCAGUGGAAAAGCACUUUGGCCAACUAGUACAAAUCCGGUGUUAGGCCCCCCAAUACCAUGUGUGCAAGCGGGAAGACCUAGAAAGGUCAUAAUCGAGCUACAUGCAAAGCUCAAGAUGGUGCUGAAACUGAGCAUUUAA